UUAUUUGUACCCAUCAUUUAUUUUUCCAAACUCAGGCUUGCAUUGCAUAUUUGCAUGUCCUCUUCUCACAUUCCAAUUCUCGCCAUGAAUUCUCACGGUGUUGAUCAUGUUGCUGCUGAGAAUGGGGUUAAUUGUGAUGCUGAAUUUGGGGCUUCUUCACUACUAAGUGUUUUCCCCAGCGAUGAGUGGAGGCAGAAAUUGAGCAUGCUUUUAGAUGACAAGAAUAGGCAAGAGUUGAUCUCGAGGGAGAAAAAGGAUAGACGUCAUUUUCAGCAGAUAGAGGCUUUGGCAACCAGAAUGGGGUUGUAUAGCAAUAUGUAUGCGAAGGUAGUUGUUGUCAGUAAAGUGCCACUUCCAAACUACAGAUAUGAUUUGGACGAUAAACGCCCGCUGAGGGAGGUGAACCUACCUAAUUCUUUGUUAAGGCGAGUUGAUGGAUACCUUCAAGAAUACCUAAGCCAAAAGUCAAGAAUGAAGGAAAGCUUUACAGAUUUGUGGUCUGCAAAACAAAGCAAUAGUGGUAGUAUUGGUACAGAUGAAGGGCUUUUUGACCCACAUCAGUCACUAGCAUCCAGUAGGGCUGUAGGGGAGAAAAUUCUACGCCAGAGAAGUUUACAAAUGCGUGAUCAGCAACGAGCUUGGCAGGAAUCGCCAGAAGGAAGAAGAAUGCUAGAAUUUCGUAGCAGCCUACCUGCUUAUAAAGAGAAGGAAGCGAUAUUAUCAGCCAUUUCAAGGAAUCAGGUACUUAUCAUUUCAGGUGAAACAGGUUGUGGUAAGACAACACAACUUCCACAAGUUAUCCUAGAAUCCGAGAUAGAAUCAAUUCGUGGAGCAGUGUGUAAUAUUAUAUGCACACAACCACGACGCAUUGCUGCAAUUUCUGUUUCUGAGAGAGUUGCCUCUGAAAGAGGAGAGAAAUUGGGUGAAUCUGUUGGAUAUAAAGUUAGACUUGAAGGUAUGAGAGGGAGAGAUACCCAUCUUCUCUUUUGCACCACAGGCAUAUUAUUAAGAAGAUUACUAGAUGAUAGAAACUUAAAAGGUGUAACUCAUAUUACUGUUGAUGAAAUUCAUGAGCGUGGGAUCAAUGAAGAUUUUCUGCUUGUUGUCCUUAAAGAUCUCCUAGCCUGCCGACCAGAACUGAAAUUGAUUUUAAUGAGUGCUACCCUUGAUGCUGAACUCUUCUCUUCAUAUUUUAAUGGUGCUGCAACUAUGAAGAUUCCGGGUUUCACAUACCCUGUUAGAACUCAUUUUUUGGAGGAUAUUUUGGAAAUGUCGGGAUACAGAUUGACUGCUGACAAUCAAAUUGAUGACUAUGGUCAAGAAAGGAUUUGGAAAAUGAACAAACAGGCCCCAAGAAAAAGGAAAAGCCAAAUUUCUUCUGCUGUAGAGGAUGCAUUAAGAGCUGCUGAUUUCAAUGAUUACAGUCUGCAGACAAGGGAGUCUUUGUCUUGUUGGAAUCCUGAUUGUAUUGGUUUUAACCUCAUACAAUAUAUCUUGUGCAAUAUAUGUGAGCAUGAAAGACCUGGUGCUAUUUUGGUUUUUAUGAUGGGAUGGGAUGAUAUAAAUGCUCUCAAGGAGAAGCUCCUAACACAUCCUGUCUUGAGUGAUCCAAGCCGAGUGUUGUUGCGGAUGUGUCAUGGCUCAAUGGACAGUUUGGAGCAGAGGUUAAUAUUUGAAGAACCUGAAGACGGAGUACGAAAAAUAGUCCUAGCAACAAAUAUUGCUGAAACUAGUAUCACGAUAAAUGAUGUUGUUUUUGUUCUUGACUGUGGGAAGGUGAAAGAAUCAUCAUAUGAUGCACUGAAUAAUACACCUUGUUUGCUUCCCACCUGGAUCUCUAAGGUUUCAGUUCAACAAAGAAGAGGAAGAGCUGGUCGGGUUCAACCAGGAGAAUGUUACCAUCUUUAUCCUAGAUGUGUAUAUGAUGCCUUUGCAGAGAGUCAAUUACCUGAAAUUUUGAGGACGCCCUUGCAGUCUCUCUGCCUGCAAAUCAAAAGUUUGAAACUAGGAAGUAUAUCUGAGUUUUUGUCUAGGGCUUUACAGUCUCCUGAGUUACUUGCGGUGCAAAAUGCAAUUGAAUAUUUAAAAAUAAUUGGUGCUUUGGAUGAGGAUGAGAAUCUGACUAUUUUAGGGCACAACUUGACAGUGCUUCCCAUGGAACCCAAACUUGGCAAGAUGCUUAUAUUUGGUGUUAUCUUCAAUUGCCUGGAUCCCAUAUUAACUAUUGUUGCUGGCCUUAGUGUUAGAGAUCCUUUUCUAACACCUUUGGAUAAAAAGGAUCUUGCAGAGGAAGCAAAGUCUCAAUUUUCCAAUGAUUACAGUGAUCAUCUUGCCAUUUUGAGGGCCUAUGAGGGUUGGAAGGAUGCUGAAAUAGACUUUGCUGGACAUGAAUAUUGCUGGAAAAAUUUUCUUUCUGCGCAAUCCAUGAGAGUUAUUGAUGCUCUUCGAAUGGAAUUCUUAUCCCUGCUCAAGGAUAUUGGAUUAGUUGAUAGCAACAAGACUUGCUGCAAUGCUUGGAGCUAUGAUAAGUAUCUCAUACGAGCAGCUAUUUGCUAUGGCCUAUAUCCUGGAAUUUGCUCGGUUGUGCAUAAGGAUAAGUCAUUUUCUCUAAAGACAAUGGAGGAUGGAAAGGUGUUUCUACAUUCGAAUUCAGUGAAUGCUCGGGAUACUAGAAUUCUAUAUCCAUGGCUAGUGUUUAAUGAGAAGAUAAAAGUAAACUCUGUAUUUCUCCGUGACUCAACAGCUGUGCCUGAUUCAGUGGUGCUUCUUUUUGGUGGAAGCAUCUCAAAAGGAGAUACUGAUGGUCACUUGAAAAUGUCAAGAGGAUAUUUAGAGUUUUUUAUGAAACCUGCUGUUGCUGACAUGUACCAGAGUAUUAGGAAAGAACUUGAAAACCUCAUUCAGAGGAAGCUGCAGAGUCCAUUGAUGAGCAUACACUCAUUCCAUGAGCUCUUAUUUGCUAUACGGUUGCUGAUUUGCAAUGACAAAUGUGAAGGCAGAUUUGUAUUUAGUAGCCAGCUGCUUAAACCAUCAAUGAUGGCAUUGGAGCAAAAAUUGGUUUCAAGAACAGACAGUGGACCCGGGGGUGAUAAUUCUAAAGGUCAGCUUCAAACGUUGCUGACACGAGCUGGAUAUGGUGCACCCUUCUACAUCACUAAGCAAUUGAAGAACAACCAGUUUCAGGCUACAGUUGAGUUUAACGGAGUCCAAAUAAUGGGUCAUCCCUAUAACAACAAGAAGAAUGCAGAGAAAGAUGCUGCGGCUGAGGCACUGCAGUGGCUUAUGGAUAGAAGACAAACAGGAAAUGAGGAUGUCAAUCACAUGACAAUGUUGCUGAAGAAAAGUAAGAAAGAUCAUAAUUGAGCAAUCAGAUAUGAUGAUGAGCUUUAUGGGCCGUUAAGAAGGAUCAUACUUUACAUAAAUCUUGUGUUAGCAAACAAUACAUUCACAAGACGAGAUUUAUGUUAAGUAUUGUUGGAAAAGGAAAAUCUUAGCAGAUAGGAACUCCUUUCAUGUUUAUUUUUCUGUUUCCUAGAUACUUGAUAUUAGCUAGGUUCAAUGCAUCAUAGAAAGUAGUGGCAUCUUAAUAGUUCUCUUGUAAAUUGUUUUUCCAUUUUGUAAUUCUCUUGAAUAUAAAUAAGUCCAUUUUGCUCGAUGGAAUUAAUCACUCAAGCAUAUUCAAA